UUGGACUGUAUUGGGCCUUUGCACGGAAGGCAGUUGGCCAGAAGAUGGCGCCAGAGAACUUUUGUACAGGAUGAACCUACAGCCUGCUUGGCCUUUAAAGGAAAAGUGCACUUUUGGGCGGAAUCUACAAUCCUUAUGCUGGGGUCAGCAGGACAGUGACCCAGUUUCUUGGGCCAAUCGUAGCACUCCAAAAAAGUCUCCUGAGCCAAUGGGGAGCAUGGCGCCGCCCACCUGCGAGCAUACUAAUAGGACGCUGCAUAAGAAGCCCAAAGGGGGUGCAGCACUCGCUCAGUGUGGAGAGUCCCAACAGACAAGCUUCAUCAUGGUCGACGCCUUCUGUGCCACUUGGAAGCUGGUGGACAGCGACAACUUUGACGAGUAUAUGAAAGCUCUGGGCGUGGGCUUUGCCACCCGGCAGGUGGGCAACGUUACCAAGCCUACUGUCAUCAUCAGCCAGGAAGGCGACAAGGUGGCAAUCCGCACUCAGAGCACCUUCAAGAACACCGAGAUCACCUUCAAGCUGGGCGAGGAGUUUGACGAGACCACCGCCGACGACAGGAACUGCAAAUCCACAGUCAGCAUGGACGGAGACAAGCUCGUCCACGUCCAGAAGUGGGAUGGCAAGGAGACCAAAUUCGUGAGGGAAAUCAAGGAUGGCAAGAUGGUCAUGAACUUGACCUUCCAGGACAUCCACGCCGUGCGCACCUACGAGAAAGCAUAGACAGCUCACACACAUACACACAGACACACACACACACACACACACACACACACACCAUUCUGUCUACGGACAGGAAGUGUUGACUAUUUGGUUGUAUUCUGUUCUGCUUGUCAUUGCACUUCCUCAUCCUCUUCAUUCUGGAGGCUGCACUUGUGUAUGUGUGUGUUUGUGUGUAUGUUUUUUUUUUUAAGUAAUUUCUUUUUUAUAUGAAAAAAUGUUGAAUCGAUUCUCAUGCAACGUUAAAUAAAUAAACACAGAGGGAGAA